AUGAAUACAAACAAAUUGAGGAUGAGCAAGUCUUUGAUAAGAUAACGAUAAUCUCCAAUUCCUCCACUAGAACCAAAACUUUUUGUUGGUUAGCCUUUAAGUUAAUCUCCUCCUUAAUAAAAAAUACCUCAAAUGACUUUUUAGUAAAGAUUGCGGUUGUAUUAUAAAUCUCAAAAUACUUUAACUCCAAAACCAUGGAACCCUCCUUCAGAUGAAUAUGGAACAAUUUUAAGAUUGAUUUCAGUUCAUGAAGUUAUUAAACCAAAGAAAAAGGAAUUAUAAAGUAGAAUCCCAAAUAUUAGUUGCCGUAAAACUAAUAUCCAAAAGAGAUUUGUCACUGAUAUGCCUAAGAUUUAAACUGAUAUUGCUAAUGCUAAGAAAAUAAGGUUAAAUUUUAAAUCACCUAUAAAUGUUUUGAAUAAAAGUAAUUCUUUUGGACCAUGGGAUUCUCCUUUAUGA